AUGUCUGACGAGAAAGGUGUCGACGAUUCGGCCUCACGUAUGGCAAAGCUCUCCGUGUCGACGCCGAAGUCCACCUAUGAUGGACAGACAUCCCCCCCUGUGACAACCUGCCAUGGGCCCUUGAGCAGCGACGUCCACGCCAGAAUCUUGGCUUUUCAACAGAAGAGAGCCAGCCAGCCCGUCAAAGAGUCUCCAAGUGAAGGUAGACUGCCUUCCACUCCUCACAGCCAAUUGCAUAUGCCCAACAUCCCCACAAAGCCCUUACCACCGUUACCUCACGUCAGACCACAGCUGGCAUCCGAUAAUCCAGUGCCAAAAUCAGGGCUUGUGCCUUCCCCUUCCCUAGAACUGCCACCAUCCGACUCUUCCCCUUUUAUUCGUCCGCCCAUGCUGCCUUCCCUGAAUAACUCCUUCGAGUUGAGCAAAAAACCAUCGUUAUCUCAGAGAAGAGGCAUGAAGCUUAAUAUGAAGAAUUUGGCUGAUCCCCCCACGCCAGAUCAGAUUCCAGGCAACCCUCCACAUAUCAAUUCGACGGGUGAGCUCGCUAGACGUCUUUCCGAACGCAAAAAGAGGCCGGACUUCAAGCUCAAUCUCAAUGAACUGUCCUCUCUGGCUGCAAGCACAGAAACGCACAACUCUGACGUUAGCUCAAUAGAGUCCAACCAUGCUGCCCCUCAGAAGCUCCAAGGUCUUUUCGCAAACUAUUCGAAAUACGUCGAUAUCAAAUCUGGCUCGUUAAAUUUCGCUGGAAAAGCUUCCUUACGCUCGGACGGAAUAGACUUUUCAUCUGGCCUGUCUUUCCACAUCUCACUUGAUGAGCUUGAGUUUCUCGAAGAACUUGGCAGAGGUAAUUAUGGCGUUGUUUCCAAAGUUCUCCACAAGCCAACAGGCGUUCUCAUGGCUAUGAAGGAGGUACGUCUCGAGUUAGAGGAAAACAAAUUCACUCAAAUUCUCAUGGAGCUCGAAGUGCUCCAUAAAUGUAACUCUCCAUACAUUGUGGACUUUUACGGUGCUUUCUUUGUUGAGGGUGCCGUAUACAUGUGUAUGGAAUUUAUGGAUGGAGGCUCUCUUGACAAGUGUUAUGGUGAUGGUGUUGAAGACGAAGCAUGCCUUGCAUACAUCACCGAGUGUGUCAUUCGUGGAUUGAAGGAACUCAAGGAUAAGCAUAAUAUCAUUCACAGAGAUGUCAAGCCAACCAAUAUAUUAGUUAACUCGAUGGGUAAAGUAAAGCUUUGUGAUUUCGGUGUGUCCGGCAAUCUUGUUGCAUCACUCGCCAAAACUAAUAUUGGUUGCCAGUCCUAUAUGGCUCCGGAGCGUAUCAAGACGAUGAACCCUGAUGACGCAACCUAUUCAGUACAGUCGGACAUCUGGUCCUUGGGUCUAACCAUAUUAGAAGUUGCUGCCGGCAGGUAUCCUUAUCCACCAGAAACUUUUGACAACAUCUUUUCUCAACUCAGCGCUAUCGUUGACGGAGAGCCACCCAGACUUGAUAGUACCCGUUUUUCUAAGGAGGCACAAAUAUUUGUCAAGUCAUGCUUGAACAAGAAUCCCGAUCUCCGCCCAUCAUAUGACGUUCUUCUCAAAUCGCCUUGGUUGACUAAGCAUAGAGGUCAAGAUCCUCACAUGGAUCGAGUUGUCCAACAGAAUUUGAGAGCGAGAAAAGAGGCAAAGGCUAGCGAGAAAGCAUUCAAGUCAUCUAGCUCUUCAAGGCCUAGCAGCAACAUUGCCAAUGCGGGCACUGCUCUGGCGCUUGGUAGAGAGAACGUCUCCUCCUUGCUUAAGAACAAAGUCAAUGCACCUGCGCUUCAUAGAGGUGGGUUGCCAUCACAGCGGUUUAGGCGGUAA